AUGGAAGACCUUGAUAACUCUUAUACGAAUGAUUUUUAUACUGAUUAUUCUUCUAUAGACAAUUCCUAUAUAAGAGAUUCUCCUGAAAUUAAUGAUUCAUAUAUAAACUAUUGUACCAAUAAGAAUGGUAUUAUGGAAACUGAUGAAGCAAGCGAAUCAUCACAAGUGGAGUUUGCUGCUGAUAAUGAGCCUUCUAAAU